ACAUGACUAGGUAUACUUCGAGUUCCAGUCCAUAACCACUUAUUCUCCUAGUUCAGUAUGAGGCGGACAUCGUACAGAUGUCCAUAACGAUAUCACAAUGAGCCUAGCACGAUCACGAACGCUGCCACCACCGCCGAGAUGGCACAAAAGCGCCAGAUCAUCUUCCGCAUCUUCUACAGCACCUCGUUCACCGCCGUCUUCUUGAUCCUCAUAAUCGUCGUUGCUGUCACUCCCGCCGACACUAUAUACGAGUCCUACAAGCGCCGCCGCCUCAUCGACAUCUUCCUCAUCGCGGGCGACUACGUUGUGACUGCUCUGUUAGCCAUCCUGAUAUAUGCUUCGAGGCUGUACACAAAUCGUUCGGUGCUUAAGGAUAUACCGAAAACGUAUAUGCCCAUUGAAAAGGAGGACCUGCCGGGACGCCGAGUGCACAAAUUGAUCCAAGAAUGUUUGGAGAAGAGUGCCGUGAUUGCAUAUCAGGCCCGGCCGAGGAGUCGGAGGAUUGAGCAUGACACGAUUAACAUUGGGACGAGGAUGCUCGCACUGACAAAUACGCAUACCAAUACGGACCAGAAUGCCGAGCCAAGUUGGGGAAAGGUCGCGCAUCCGGGAUGGUCAUCACCUGCUUCCAAGGAGUUGCCGGGGCUCGAGUACUGCACGGUCGUGGAUGAGCUAAUUGAUCUGAUCGAAGCAAAGGCUGUCAGCCUUGCGCCCGAUGAUCCGCACUCCCUGCCCGAUCCAGACGGCGCGUCGAUGCCCGAUCCGCGCGUUAUCGAUCAGCUUGCCCGGAGUAGGACUAUGGGUAUGAGAGCAUACCUCCAGUAUCUCAUUGAUAUCGGCGUGGUACCGGAUAAUUCUCUGACAGUGGCAUUUCUCGUGGCGUACGAACGCGCCCGGUUUUCGUCGGAACCAUUGAACGACGAAGAUUUCCAGAGCCUGAUGCGCAUGUUUGCCGAGUUACUCCGCAACAUGACCCCCGUCGACGUUGAGAUGCUCGAUCUCGAAGACGACUCUGGUCUGUCGUCUCAAUCCGAAACCUCCAGCUUAAUCCGUCGGAACCCCUCCUAUCGCUCUCGUCCACCAGACGCGGAGACCUCAUCCAUCCCAUCCACCUACUCAGCCUCCGGCUCCGUACGCCACCACAAACUCCCGCCACGCCGCGUCUCGGAAGAUUCAGCCCCUUCUCUCUCUUCCUUUGAACAAGAGCACCACCACCUCGACAAGCAUGCAUCUUCGGAACUCGAUCUUGGCUCAGGCGCCCAUCGUGUCGACGCAGAUGAGGAAACCGACACGCAGUCCGUCCGCGCUGUACCUCCCAGAGUCCCGCGAUCCGGCUCAAGACAGAGGCCCGGACCUUCGACAAACGGCUCGAGCUCGAGAAUGUUCUCUGCGGUGUCACGGAUGAGUUCACAUUCGGACUUUUCGAAGUCUCCUUCUGGAGAAUCCAACACCGGGUCUGUGCUACAUCACGAUCUCAGCCGACAGUCUACACGAGGUUCGCGGAGGAGCGGCAGGAGCGGCAACGGUCUGCCUGUCAUCCGUCUUGCCAGGGAAGGGGAAGACGGCAGUGGCACGAAUAAUGGGCUACCGUAUCGAAUCGAAGUCCCAACAGAACGAUAAGUAACAGGGCGAAGCAGGAUGGAGAUCGAUCCCAUAAUUGUCCGCCCUUGACAUAAUGAUGUGAUGAUCUGGAAUGAACGACUGCCGGGCAACGAGAAGACUCGAUGCCCGGUUUGCAGUUGGACAAGGGGCUUCUUGGAUAUGAAAUUACUAUGACUUAGAUGUAAUGUAUAGUCAGUCUUUGCUGCAGCAUUGAUCCGGCAGAAGGCAAUAUCUGUCCCGGUGUCAGAAAUUGUCUCGAGCCUUUGUUUUAAUUCGUGGACCGCGAGCGACUGCGUCAACCAAAGCUACAGUACCUUGUACAUACUCCCAUGUGAAAAGAGGCAGAGAGGUAUCAUGACAACCUCUGAGCAAAGAGGGAUUGCGAC